UCCCCCUGAACCAGUCCAAUAGGGUGCUUUUGCCUACCCACCGGGCUCUGUGUUCUGGCGUCCUCUCUCCCAGGGUCUGCUCCGUUCUGCCUUGCUCAGGCUCAGCUUCCCUCUGGUCUUCUGGCUAGCAGCAGUGGGACACAGGAGCAGAUCUCUCUGGGCUGCUUUGCUGGGAUUGAUUGGUCAUGGAUUCCUGGCCACCAGGCAGCACUCACUCUUCAGCUGAGAUGCCUCGACAGUUUCCCAAGCUGAACAUUUCAGAGGUGGAUGAGCAGGUGCGACUGCUGGCCGAAAAGGUGUUUGCUAAGGUGCUCCGGGAGGAAGACAGCAAAGAUGCCUUAUCGCUGUUCACUGUGCCCGAGGACUGCCCCAUUGGGCAGAAGGAGGCCAAAGAGCGAGAGCUGGAGAAAGAGUUGGCUGAGCAGAAGUCCGUGGAGACGGCCAAAAGAAAGAAGAGUUUCAAGAUGAUUCGAUCCCAGUCUCUUUCUCUGCAAAUGCCACCCCAGCAAGACUGGAAGGGCCCACCAUCAUCCACCCCUGCCAUGUCGCCCCCAAAGCCAGUCCCCGCAGGAGCGGCUUCCCAGGCAGCUCCUGCGUCAUUUGCUAUGCCUGAAUUUCAGCGCGUCACUAUCAGUGGGGAUUACUGUGCUGGGAUCACUGUAGAGGAUUACGAGCAGGCUGCCAAGAGCCUGGCCAAGGCCCUGAUGAUUCGGGAGAAGUAUUCGAGGCUUGCCUACCACCGUUUCCCAAGGACCACUGCCCAGUACCUGUGCCCUCAGAGGGCUGAGAAGUGGGGCCCUGGGGAUGAGGUAUUUCCAGAUUUCCACCCACCCCCAGAGCCACAUGAAAAUCCCUAUUGUCUGGACAGCAUGCCCCCAAACCUGGGCUACGUGCUCAGGAUGCAGGGUGGUAUCCUCUUUGUGUAUGACAAUGAAGAGAUGCUGAAACGCAAUGAGCCCAGAAGCCUGCCAUACCCUGACCUGGAGACCUACACGGUGGACCUCAGUCACAUCCUGGCCCUCAUUACAGACGGUCCAACGAAAACAUACUGUCACCGGCGACUUAACUUUUUGGAAUCCAAAUUCAGCCUACAUGAGAUGUUGAAUGAAAUGUCUGAGUUCAAAGAAUUGAAGAGUAACCCUCAUCGAGACUUCUAUAAUGUGAGAAAGGUGGACACUCACAUCCAUGCCGCGGCCUGCAUGAACCAGAAACACCUGCUACGUUUCAUCAAGCACACAUACCAGACGGAGCCCGACAGGAUUGUCACUGAAAAGAGGGGCAAGAAGAUCACGCUCAGGCAGGUGUUUGACGGUCUUCACAUGGAUCCCUACGACCUCACCGUGGACUCCCUGGACGUCCACGCGGGCCGGCAGACCUUCCAUAGGUUUGACAAAUUCAAUUCCAAGUACAACCCAGUGGGAGCCAGCGAGCUUCGAGAUCUGUACUUGAAAACUGAAAACUACUUAGGUGGAGAAUACUUUGCACGGAUGGUCAAGGAAGUGGCUCGGGAACUGGAAGAGAGCAAAUACCAGUAUACAGAACCCCGCCUCUCCAUCUAUGGGCGCUCCCCCCUGGAAUGGCUCAAUCUGGCCAGGUGGUUCAUUAAUCACAAGGUCUACUCCCCAAAUAUGCGCUGGAUCAUCCAGGUCCCCAGAAUCUAUGACAUAUUUAGAUCCAAAAAGCUGCUUCCAAGCUUUGGGAAGAUGCUGGAGAACAUCUUCUUGCCUCUUUUCGAAGCCACGAUCAACCCCAGGGAUCACGAGGAUCUUCACCUCUUCCUCAAAUACGUGACAGGCUUCGACAGCGUGGACGAUGAGUCCAAACACAGUGACCACAUGUUCUCCGACAAGAGCCCUAACCCAGACAUCUGGACCAGUGAGCAGAACCCGCCCUACAGCUACUACCUGUACUACAUGUACGCCAACAUCAUGGUGCUCAACAACCUUCGCAAAGAGAGGGGAAUGAGCACCUUUUUGUUCCGGCCACACUGUGGGGAGGCUGGUUCCAUCACUCACCUGGUAUCUGCCUUCCUGACUGCCGACAAUAUCUCCCACGGACUGCUGCUCAAGAAGAGUCCAGUCUUGCAGUACCUCUAUUACCUCGCCCAGAUCCCCAUUGCCAUGUCUCCCCUGAGUAACAACAGCUUGUUCUUAGAAUAUUCCAAAAACCCGCUGCGAGAGUUUCUGCACAAGGGUCUCCACGUCUCCCUCUCCACUGAUGACCCCAUGCAGUUCCAUUAUACCAAGGAAGCCCUAAUGGAAGAAUAUGCAAUCGCAGCCCAAGUGUGGAAGCUCAGUACAUGUGACCUAUGUGAGAUUGCUCGAAACAGUGUGCUCCAGAGUGGGCUGUCCCACACGGAAAAGCAAAAAUUUUUGGGGCCAAAUUAUUAUAAAGAAGGACCUGAAGGAAACGAUAUUCGAAAGACAAAUGUUGCCCAGAUCCGGAUGGCUUUUAGAUAUGAGACCUUAUGCAAUGAGCUGAGCUUUCUGUCAGAUGCCAUGAAAUCAGAAGAGAUUACAGCUUUGUUUAAAUUUCCUUCACCAUUAUAAGCAUUCAUGCAUAGGAUCACAGAAUAGAACAGGAAUGUGCCAUAGGGAUGAUCCAGUCCAACCCUCUCAUCUGACAGAUGAGGAAACUGAGGACUAGAGGAGGUAAGGACUUGCCGAAGGUCAUAACAUGGAGCCCAGUCAACAAACAGUCCUUGUAGGACACCAUACUGCCUCCAUGAAUUAUGUGGGCUUGCUUUCUGAAAGCCCCUUUUCACCAAAGUCUCUGAGAGACUUAAAACAGAAAACUCGGUCCCACUUAGGAAAACAAAGGGAGACACGGGGACCUAACCCUGGAGCUAAAGGGAACCUGGGAGGUCAGGGAGAGGCAGUGGCUUGGCCAACGUCACACAGUACUUGUGAAUCAGCAUUGGGACCUUCCUCUACAAUAUACUGCCCCACUCUCCAGUAUUACUUUCGUAUUCUGUAAUUCACAUCUCAGAAAUAACCAGGAUCCCCCGUCCUUUUUUUUUCUUUUUAAAGAAUGAAGACCUGGGUUUAUCAUUUCCCUAAACAACAUAGGAUAUAUUUCCCUUCCACAUAACCAGAGAUCUUUAGCUGGUGACCUCAGUAAUUAGACAAGGAGGGACAAUUAAAUGGGCUAGUAAAAGACAGUGAAGUGAUUCUUAAAAUAGAGAUCUGAAUUUAAACUCUCCCAAUUUAUUCCCUGCCAAAGUUUGAAUGUCAUGUGCAUAUGGUAACUAGAAAAGUGCUGGAGCUAAGUUCCCAUGUAUUUCUGUAGGUACACAUAGACCCGGAGAAGCAGACUUGGUGGAACCUGAUUGUGUGCAAAAAUGGUUAAUAGACUUCAGAUCCUUCUUGUUACUUUCUCUAGCCGUGGAAACAUGGGGGCUGUUGGUUUUUGCAGCAAAAUAAUUUCUCGAGUCAAAACUCCUCGCCCACUUUGGCAUGUAACUUUCCUAGAAAAGCCCCAAUUGUAUGCAUUUGCACUAAUGUAUAUAACUAUUGUACAGUGUGAUUUUAGAUGUUUAGAGGCACCCUGUUCAAAAGAAAUGGAAUCAAAGUUUGUUGAGACAAUUGCUCAAUCGUGUGAACAUGUUUUCAGAUGUCAACGUUGUUAGAGCUCCCUUAUUUUCUUCUUAAGAAAGUGGGGGGGUGGGGAAGGGAAGACUAGGGGAAGCAUUACCCUAAAUUAAUGGAAUACAGCAGGUGUAUAUCUUCCUAACCUUGGAAGAUAGCCACUGCAAGCAGGGUCAGAGGACAGGGCCCACUGGCAGCGGCUUUCUGGGUUUUCACCAGUAGCCAAAGGCAAUCACCAGUGUCUGGUUUUUCACCAGGGUCAUAGCGCUGCACACAGAACACCCAGAGUGCUUCUGCUGGAAGUGGCUAGCUGCUUUCUCUUCCUUUCCUCUGUGCUUGGCUCAAAUAUGCCUGGGGUGGACUCCUUUCAUUUGCAGAUUUGAUUGCUGGGCAGGGGCUGUUCUAGAUUUACACAGCCCUUCUUCACUCCUGAAUGUUCUUGGUACCAAUGUGUUUCUUUCUGUCCAGUGGCAUUCACCAGUCUUUGUUCUGGUGACGGCCAAAUCUGUCUGCUGGGUUGGUAGCACAGUAACAUGCUGCUUUUCCUAGGGGUGGCCUUCUCAAAGACAGCUCUGGAGAUUUAUCUUCUUUCCCUCAACCUAACCAGCCUUCGUAACACACUUUCCUUUUUGCUACAAAUUAUUGCCUUACGAACACAAUUCACAGCCUCCUGAGUCAUCCACUGUUCUUUCUGCCUUUUUCCUUCUGCUUCUGGAGAUACAGCUGCAAGGCACGUUCUUCUGGACUGGUCUUGUCUUUGACUUCUUGCUGCUUGAGUAAAAUCGUCUUUGUCUUUUUCACGGACAUAAUUGAGGGUAAUUAGAUAAUGUCAGUGACCCACUCUACUUGAACAGUGUUUUAAAGGACAGUGGUAACUACAUUAAAAAGAAUAUUAACUACAUGGAA